AUGACACCCACAUGGGCUUCGGUUUGCCUUGUGGCCACUGCCCUUAGCUGCCUGGCUGACGCUCAGAGUUACCAAAAGCCUGCGCCGAAACCUCCGAACAUGCCGCAACAGUGGCCCUCGUGGAAGCCAGCUCCCCAGGCUCCCCAGGCUCCUCAGGCUCCUCAGGCUCCUCAGGCUCCUCAGGCUCCUCAGGCUCCUCAGGCUCCCAAACGUCCUCAGGCUCCUCAGGUCCCCCAGUGGAAGCCAGCUCCUCAGGCUCCCCAGGCUCCUCAGGCUCCUCAGGCUCCUCAGGCUCCCAAACGUCCUCAGGCUCCUCAGGUCCCCCAGUGGAAGCCAGCUCCUCAGGCUCCCCAGGCUCCUCAGGCUCCUCAGGCUCCUCAGGCUCCCCAGUGGCCCCCUAAGAACCCCGUAGCUCCCCCUCCUCCUCAAUACCCUCCCAAGCAAACCCCCCGGCCCCAGACUCCCUCCAAGCCCCAGAGGCCCCAAACGCAGAAUCUGCCUGAAAACACGUCGCCUCCUUUAGACACAGUCCAGAGCUGUGAGGUCGAGGAUGCCUACAAGAUCAAUUGUGGCCCCGUGGGCAUUUCUGCUGACCAUUGUGGCGCUAUUAACUGCUGCUUCGAUGGGAGAAUGUGCUUCUACGGAAAGGCAGUGACUGUUCAGUGCACCAAGGACGCCCAGUUCAUCGUGGUGGUGGCCAUGGAUGCCACGCUGCCAAACAUUGACCUGGAAUCUGUGUCGCUGCUUGGAAAUGAACCAGGCUGUGGCCUUGUGGGCAGCAACUCACGCUUCGCUAUCUACCAGUUCCCUGUGACCGGCUGUGGUUCUGUGACCAGGGAUGAGCCUGGGGUGGUAGUCUACGAAAACAGAAUGUCAUCUCUAUACGAAGUGGGAGUGGGGCCCUUUGGUUCCAUCACUAGAGACAGCACCUAUGAGCUGCUCUUCCAGUGUAGAUAUAUCGGCGCCUCCAUCGAAGCGCUGGUCAUUGAGGUUGUGUUAAAUGAGGCUCCACAACCGAUCGCCGCCCUUGGACCAAUGCGGGUGGAUCUAAUGUUGGCCAACGGAGUGUGCACCCAAAAGGGAUGUUACGAAGAGGACGUGGCUUAUGAUUCCUUCUACAACGUGGCCGACUACCCGGUGGUGAAGGUCCUCAGGGAUCCUGUCUACGUACAGGUCCAACUGUUGGGCAGGAGCGACCCCUCGCUGACCCUGACUCUUGGCCGCUGCUGGACCACCACCACCCCCGACCCAGGGACCCUUCCCCAGUGGGACCUGCUGACCAAUGGCUGUCCCUACCGUGACGACCGUUACCAGACGGAACUGAAGAACGCCAAUAACGUCGAAUUUCCAUCUCACUACCAGCGUUUCGUGUUCAAGAUGUUCACCUUCGUGGACCAGGGCAGUGGAAGUAAUACGAAGGGUGACAUGGCCCCCUUUCUUCCACUGAGGGAAAAGGUGUUCAUUCACUGCACCACGGCAGUGUGUAUCGGAGCCAAUUGUCAACCCAGAUGUUCCAGGAAGAAGAGAGAUGCUGGCAAAGCUACCCAGGGGUACGUUGAGAACACUGCCAUGGUUAGCAGCAUGGAGGUCCAGUUCGUCUCAGGAGAACAAGCUUCCUGAUUUGCUCGCAAAUGCAAUUAAAAAAUUCAUGCUUGUAUGUGACUGAUAAGAAAGUGACUGAAAUAAAUAUUCUGGUCCUAG